AUGGACCAUCGUCCCGAGAAGAAGGCGCCACGCAGAAAUGACUACCGCGUCAUCUUGCACUUUGAUAUCGAUUGCUUCUACGCCCAGGCAUGUGCUAACCAGCAGCCCGCCCUCAAGACCGUGCCUCUGGGCAUCAAGCAGAAGAGCAUCCUGGCCACUUGCAACUACGCCGCGAGGCGCCGCGGCGUGAAAAAGCUGAUGCUUAUUGCCGAGGCCAGAAAAGUCUGCCCCGAGUUGGUCAUCGUCGAAGGCGAGGACCUGACCCCCUUUCGCGACGUGUCCAAGCGCCUCUACGCCCUCCUGCGCUCCUACUCGUGGUCAGGCAAGACGGAGCGCCUCGGCCUGGACGAGGUGUUCCUCGAUGUCACCGACGUGGUUGCUUACAAUGUCGAGCUGCUCAACAGGAACACCCUGGCCCGCUCCUAUUUCUGUCUGUCUCGCACCGACCCCGAACAGGGCUUCGAGUAUGACGCCUCUGCCUUUGCUGGCUGCGUCGUGUACCGUUGCGGGCCCGAAGACGCCGCCCAGGCUGCUGCCGCCGCUGUCCUUGACAGUAACCCUCUAGCUAUACGCCUACUAGUGGCCUCCCACCUGGCAAACUACAUUCGCCUGAAGAUUGAACAGGACGGCUUCACGUCCUCGUGUGGCAUUGCCACGAGCAAGUUGCUAGCCAAGCUGGUCGGCGACAAGAACAAGCCAAGGAACCAGACGGCACUUGCUGCCUUGCAUGACGACCAUGUCUUGUCCUUCAUGGACGGCCACCGCCUCCGGAAAGUUCCGGGCAUAGGGGCCAAAACCACACACAUCUUGGAAGCGUUUGUCACGAGCGGAGAAGUGCCCGAUCUCGCCGACGUGGACCUCCACACAAUGGAGUGCUCCUUAACUGUAGGCGAGGUGCGCACUCACGCCGACAUAUCAGCUCCCACCCUCCAGAAUCUCCUCGGCGGCCGGCCCGGCUCAGAAAAAGGGCUGGGAACCAAGGUUUGGGCACUCUUGCACGGCGUCGACGACACCGAGGUGAAGCCGGCCCGUGACGUGCCUACCCAGAUUAGCAUCGAAGAUACGUACAGGGGGCUGAACGAGGUGUCCGAGGUCACCCGCGAACUAUUCCUCCUGUCCCUAUCUCUUCUGCGGCGAAUGCUUGUAGACCUUGUCGAGGACUCGCCGAAACCGACAUGGCUGGCGUAUCCCAAGACGAUCCGCCUCACCACGCGGCCGAAAACGUCUGCUGCCGAGGGGAGGCCAUACAACUGGUCGCGGUCCAGCCGGAGCGCGCCCAUGCCAGGCUUUGUGUUGAACGCCCCGGCGGUCCCGGCAGAUGAGAUUGCCGAUCGCCUCGUGGCUGAGACGCUACUUCCUCUCUUCUACAAGCUCCACCCGCCGCGGCAGCAGGCUCGUGGAUGGAAUAUUGGCCUGCUCAACGUGUGCGCGACAAACUUGACGGGAGGCGCGGACGGGAAAAGCGGCGUGGCCAACAACAAGAACAUUGCCACCAUGUUCCGGCGGCAAGAAGACGUGCUCCGCGAGUUCACCGAGUACGGCAGUGACGGUGGGGAAGGGGGCGGGUGGGAAGUGGCAGCAGCAGCAUCUGGACAGCCCGAUGGCACUGCGGAGGAAGGCAGCGGCGCGCUCGCCGGCUUUUCUGAUGACAACACAUGGGACCAGGACGACUAUGGCAGCAACUACCGCGAGGACAUGGAGCAAUGCCCUCUGUGUGGCCGUUUUAUGCCCCGCUUUGCACAGUCUGCCCACGACAGAUUCCAUAGCAUGGAGCAAGGAGGCUGA